GUUAACAUUUAUAUUUGUUUUCUAGGAAAUUGAAAAGUGUGUGUUCAAAGAAAAACGAAAGUAUUGAGUUGUAUAAAUAAAUCAGCUGUACUGUGUUAAAAUUAUUUGUUCACCAAAAAUUUUACUCGUAUAUCUGGUUUAUUUUUCUAACAGAGAAGUAAACAAAAAAUUAUUAGUAAGGAAGAUAUUAAUUCAGUAAAAAAAAUUUAUUUAAAAAAAUGAGUUCGAUUUCAAAUGUAGAAAAUCUUUCUCCUCAAACCAUUCGUCAUGUUAUGAAGGAAAUGCAGCAAUUGAGUGAAUCGCCAUUAGAAGGAAUUAAAAUACAAAUCAAUGACACUGAUGUGACUGAUAUUCAGGCUCUUAUUGAAGGCCCUGCUGGAACUCCAUACGCUGGAGGUGCUUUUCGCAUAAAGCUAACACUCGGAAAAGACUUUCCGCAGUCUCCGCCAAAAGCGUACUUUUUAACAAAAAUAUUUCACCCGAAUGUAGCAGCCAAUGGUGAAAUAUGUGUAAAUACAUUAAAGAAAGAUUGGAAGUCGGAUCUAGGAAUCAAACAUAUUUUACUUACUAUAAAAUGCCUUCUAAUAGUACCAAAUCCAGAAUCAGCUCUAAAUGAAGAAGCUGGAAAAUUAUUGCUGGAACGUUAUGAUGAUUAUUCGCAACGCGCAAAAAUGAUGACUGAAAUACAUGCGCAGUUUACAAAAAAUGGUGAAGCUAAAGAUGAUGAUGACGGUCCACUAUCUAAAAAACAUGCCAUCGAUAAGAAGCUGCAGGACAAGAAGAAAGAAAAACUUAUGAAAGAAAAGAAACGUAUGCUUAAAAGAUUAUGAACCAAUUUCUAAAUUUUGUUACUAAAUGCGCGCCACGCAAGAUUCACUGAAUUUUUCACCCCAAACACCAUCAUUUAUUAUGUAUUGAUUUUGUUCACUGUAAGAAUCAUUAAAAAAUUAAAUUUUAUUUUAAAAAACAAUAAUUACAAUUACCUUAAGGAAAUUUAGAAAUUUGUCAACAUUAUUUGUUAAGAGAGUUAAACUGUUAAAUAGUUAUAUUCGAUUUAAAUUAACGUAUAAUCCUUUAAGCAAUGCACUUGAAUUAGUGUAUCACUGAGAUUAUACAU